AUGAGAGCUGCAGGGCCCGAACCCGACGUGUUGUCCAAGUCCACCGUCCUCAUUUCCAUCUGGGCCACUGCCGCAGCUUUCUGGAGCAUCUUUACGCCUCCCCAGAAGACCUUUGCCGCCCGCGUCCUCCUCUUCCAGCCGCUCUGGAUACUUCGCAUUGCGACCCGCGAUUCGACAUGGAUCCAGGACUUGGCCCUCACCCUCUCCCUGCACUCCGUCUAUUCCUUGUGGGCCCGACACUCGCAUCUGUACACCCUCGAUGACCUGAAGGCCUUCAACGCGCACGAUGAGACCAGUCGCGUGUAUCUCCAGGUGUUCGCUCUCCUCGCCGGAUGUGGCGUUCUGGCGGGCAUCAUCGUUCAUCGUGGCCGUCAGCUCAGCACGACGGAGGAAUCCAGUGGUCCAUUCCGAGCACAGAGUAUCUCGGAUUCCGUCCUGCCGCCUCUCCUGAUCACGAGUCGUACGACCCAUUCUCGCCUCUUUCCUAAGAAGCACGCAUUCUCCUAUUCCUAUCUAUUCGCCGGCAUCCCCGUGGGGCUGCAAGGCCGGGUCAGCAAUGUGCUCUCGGUCGACAGUCAACGCCCGGCGUGGUUUGAUGUGCGGUCCAAAGAUUAUCUCAGUCGGAAUGACGACCACAUGGGCCUUGGGGAGAAACUCAAGAGUUACUUGCAUUCUCAGGGCGUGACGGAUCGGGACUAUGCAUACGCUUAUCUUGUCACAGCACCGAGGUUCCUGGGCUACAGCUUCAACCCCGUCUCCUUCUGGUAUCUCUACGACUCCGACACCCGGCUGAAGUACAUGGUCUUGGAGGUCAACAACACUUUCGACGAACGGCGGAUGUACCUGCUCAAUGCCGACAAGGCCAAGGAUGCCGCGGAAGCUGACCUAGCCGACGGCACGGAUGAAGAAGCCUCAGUCAAAACCCUUGUCUUCACGGAAACUUGGGACAAAGAUUUCCACGUAUCGCCGUUCAAUAGCCGCAAAGGAUCGUACUCGCUCCGAGCAGUCGAUCCUCUGGCGGCGUUCCAGGAGACUGGCGAGGUGAAGAUUGAUAACACCAUCGUCCUGCGAUCGUCGAAGGAGCAUCCAAAGCUCAUCGCUCGCGCGUGCUCUGUGGGCAAGCCCAUCGAGCCAGAUCAUGUCUCGAUACUCCAACUGGCCAAUUUUAUUCUGGGGUGGUGGUGGGUCGGACUGUUGACCUUUCCUCGCAUCAUAUGGGAAGCAUCGAAACUCUACUUCUCGCGGAAGCUGCACGUCUGGUAUCGCCCCGAGACUACGGAAAAAAGCCUGGGGAGGUCGUAUACGGACGAUGAACGGAUACUCGAGGAGUACUUCCGCGCCUUUCUCACCGACACCAUCGAGCAUGCUCGGAAGCCUCUGCGUGUGAUCUAUGAGCCGGCGCACAGCGAUGGCGGCGAAGUCGUGCUCUAUUCGCCCGGUUUCACGUACGAAGAAGACCACGGCCGCACGCUCACCAUCAAAGUCCUCUCGCCGGCAUUCUAUAGCCGCUUCAUCCACUACGCCCACGCCAAGGAAGCUUUCGAUCGGGAAUGCCUUGGCACAGACGACAAGAAUCGCACCAUCGCCUUGCACGGCGCACACGCUCUACCAGCUCUGCUCGACGCCAUCAAAGACAUCACCUACACGUCCUCCCAGAACCACCACCACCACCCGCAACGCUUCUUGGAACGAACGCGAUGGUCUCUCCUCCGACGUCUCCGAUGCCCUCCAGCCGCUGCUAGCUAUCCCUCCGACGAAAGCCGCCUCGAUCCCGAAUUCUCGGUCCAGGACAUUCGAACUUUCCACUUGUCCGAACUCGAUCGAUACAUCCAAAAGGCGCCUUCGCACGCAGGCCUCUACCAGCGUAUCGCUAUCAAGCUCUUCGUCGCGGAACGCAUCGCGCUGGGAACACCCAUCGUGGUCGUGCUGGCCGACUGGUCCGUCCGCGGAAUGUCCAUCUUCGUGGCCAUGCUCUGGGCGGACCAUUCGAAUGCGUACGAUGUCUUCCGCCCGAGGAGUCUCGUGCGGGCCAAUCUGGUGAAUACGGCCUUGAUGAUGGGGCUUGCGAAUGUGGUGCACUUUUGGAGUUUCUUGAAGGGGUAUUGA